CUCAUUAUGGGCGUGGUCUCGGUACCACAGUGGGCGUGUUUUUUGGUCGGUGUGUGUGAAACGUAGGCGCUUUUUCCUCCUCACGGAAGAAGAAAACGCCGAAAAAGCCGCAGUCUGUGGGCCAGCCUAGCCACAAAGUCACCGAUGUGAACCGAGCUUCACCGACACACACACACACACUCACACCCACGAAGAAACGAUGAGAGUGUGAAGGUCUUUGUGUUACCAAUAGCAGGAGAAGCGGCGGACCUGAGAGAGGACAGGCACCGGACACCGAGGACAUGGCCCACGUAGACACCGGAGACACGGGGGAGGACGAGGACUGUUUUGAAGAUGCCUAUGACAAGAUCCCAGCGGCCUGUCACAUGGACCUUCACACCUCCAUCCAGGAGACUCAGUGUGCUCUCAACCUGGUCCUCAACAACAAGUUCUCUGAAGCUCUGGACCUUCUCAAACCAUGGUGGAAGGACAGCAUGUACCACGCCUUGGGAUACAGCAGCAUCCUGGUGAUGCAGGCCACCAUGACCUUUGAGCACAGAGAUAUUCAGGCUGCCAUGGCAACUAUCAAGGAGGCACUAAACACCUGCCAGAGGUUCAGGAAGAAGAACUCCAUGGUCGGAUCUCUUUCCAGUCUGAUCAGUAAACAGUCCAACCUCCAGGAAGAGGAGAUGCAUGCAGAGAUCUGUUACGCUGAGUGUCUCCUGCAAAAAGCCACGCUCACCUUCGUCCAGGAUGAAAACAUGAUCAGUUUCAUCAAAGGAGGAAUCAAGAUCAGGACCAGCUACCAGAUCUACAAAGACUGUCAGAAUGUUCUGAAUGCCACUCAGGACCAGGCGAACCAAUCCGAUUCAUUCAGACAGUUUGAGGGCGGGGUCAAGCUGGGCAUUGGCUCCUUCAACCUUAUGUUGUCGCUGCUUCCUCAGAGGAUUUUGAGGUUACUGGAAUUUAUUGGAUUCUCAGGAAACCGAGGUUUUGGUUUGUCCAUGUUGAGAGAAGGUGCCUCCAGUCACAGUCUCAGAUCUAUCCUCUGUUCUCUGACACUCCUUUUUUACAACACUUACGUUUCACUCAUACUUGGAACUGGUGAAGGAAACCUGACGGAGGCAGAAGCUCUGCUGGAGCCUUAUCAGCACAAAUACCCCAAAGGCUCCAUCAUCCUCUUCUACUCUGCUCGCAUCUCUACGCUGAGAGGAAACUUUGAGAAGGCUCAGAGCAGAUACGAGGAGUGUAUCAGCAGUCAGCAGGAGUGGAGGCAGAUCCACCAUCUUUGUUACUGGGAGCUGAUGUGGACUCACUCGUACCAGCAGCAGUGGCAGCAGGCCUAUCACUACGCUGAGCUGCUGUGUCAGGAGAGCCGCUGGUCCAAGGCCAUCUAUGUGUACCAGAAGGCAGCCAUCCUCAGUAUGAUGUCAGAGGAGGAGCUGAGGAGAACGGGAGAAGACGUGGUCCUCCUCUUCAGGCAGGUGGAGGGUCUGAAACAACGUCUGGCUGGAAAGUCUAUCCCUACUGAGAAGUUCGCAGUGAGAAAAUCCAGACGUUACAAAACUGCAAACAUGAUUCCUCUGGUCUUACCAGCUCUGGAAAUGAUGUACAUGUGGAACGGUUUCAGCAUCGUGGGAAAACGAGCCGACUGCACGGAAGCUCUGCUGAUCACCAUCGAAUCUGCUGAGAUCCAGCUACAGAAUGACACCAACCCGUCUGAGUUUCAUCAAGACGACAGCUGUCUGGUCCAGAUGUUGAAGGGACUGUGUCUGAAACACCUGGGCAGAUUACUGCAGGCUGAGCUCUGCUUCACACAGGUGCUGACCAGUGAAAGCAGGAUCAAAUUCGAUCACUACCUGAUUCCCUUCACUCUCUAUGAGUUGGGUUUGUUGUACAAACAACAGGGAGAUGUUACCAAAGCUGCUGCUUACAUCGAGAACGCCAAGACCAACUACAAAGAUUACUCCAUGGAGUCCAGGCUUCACUUCAGGAUCCAUGCUGCAUUGAACAGUCUGAGAGGAUCCCCCGUCGGAACGCCCUGACCAUUAUUCCCAGGUGAGGAUCACUGGUGGGAAUUCCGUGCCCGGUAUUCCAAGUCUGAGGCUGGGACUUGGGAAUGCUGCGAUGUUCCCAGAGCCUGAGCAGCACAGGCUGCAGUGAGGUUAGAUGAGCUGAACUGUGGCUCAAACCUCACUUCAGUUCAGUUUCUUCAUUUUUUUCAUCUUUCUUUAUUUAUUUGUUUAUUGUCCGUUCGCUUGUUGUUGGAGCACUUUGGUUCAAAACGCUCACCUUGUUAAAAAAAACAAUUUUAUUUAUUUAAAACUCAUCUUUUGCCUGUUGUUAUCAUGUCAGUACACAAACACACACACAAACACACAAACAAUAGUAAACAAUACCAAUCUAGCACUAGGUAGACACUCCAAACUCAGAGAGAAGAUUCAGAAAUUCUUCAAACACAUGUUAGCAUUAGCAUUUUUGCUGUUAAUAAAAGAAUCUAAUAUGCUCAUCGUAGUCUUAGCAUAUUGGCUUUUGCUAAACAACGCGCAUAAACGUUACCUCUGCAAUUAAUGAAGUGUCGACCUGUUAGCAAUGGCUCUAACAUCAGACAGUGGUGUGGAUAUGCUAAAGCUAGCUUCAAUCUGAGUUCACUCCAAUGAAGAAGAAAUGUUAGUGUGAACCCGCACAUCUGUUCUUACAAACGGACACUCAUUUAUUUGGUAAUGAAGAAGCACAACCUCCCGUCCAGCCACAUUAACAUUUGUGAUAGAAAUAUAAACUAUAUUACAGACACAUUUUUUAUUCUACUAUGUGUAAAGUAGUUUUAACAAACGUUUUGAAAGAUCAACUAUUCCAAAAACGCUGAAUUGAUCAAAUAUGGUGACUUUAUCUGUAUGAUAAUUUGGUUCUUCUGACCACAAAUAAUUCCAAAAAAAAAAAAAAAAA